AUGUAUGGAGAAGCAUAUUGGAAUCCAUAUGACCUCCUUAACGGUAUACUGGACCAUGGCUACACUCCUAAAGCACGAGCAGGAGUGUUCUUUACUGCUGCAGCCUGGGCAUUUGCGACCCUAGGAACAUCAAUUGCAUGCAAUGCUGUUCCCUUUGCUGCUGAUAUCACCUGUCUCGCGCCAAAAUACAUAAAUAUCGUCCGGGGCCAGGUAAUCUGGCUGAUAAUUUCACUAUCAAUUGUUCCAUGGCGUUUUGUUGGAACUGUAAGCGGCUUCCUCCGUUUCCUCACAGGCUAUUGUAUCUUCCAGGGUCCCGUGGUUGGCAUCGUGCUGAUAGAUUACUUCUUCGUCCGGAGAGGUAACCUUUACUUACCGGAUCUAUACCGCCAUUCCUCAACUGCACGAUACUACUUUACCAAGGGGUUCAAUAUUCGUGCCUUUGCUGCAUUUAUCGUUGGGUCCUUACUCCCUUUGCCAGGACUGAUAGGGAGUUUUGGCAACUCCUUUUCUACUGCGGCAGACCAUAUGUUUUCGCUAGGCUGGAUACUUAGCUUUUUGGUUGGUAGUCUAGCCUACUGGAUACUUUGUGCUCUGUUCAAAGUUCCUGGUGAUGAUGCCAGUUACGGAUUUGAAGAGAAGGUGGCAGAGGCAGAAGAGAUGAUAUGCCAAGGUGGGGAUGCAUUGUCUCCAUCUUGUGAAGCGAAGGGUGAUACAUCUCUGCAGGUUGAAGAGAUUGAGCGUAAUGUAAUAUAA